CUGACAGUAAUGAACUCUGAGCAGGAAAGGCCGUUUGUGUGCAGCGCCCCGGGCUGCUCUCAGAGAUUCCCCACAGAGGACCACCUUAUAAUCCACAGACACAAGCAUGAGAUGACACUGAAGUUCCCUUCUAUUAAGAAUGAUAACGUGCUGUCAGAUCAGACUCCAACGCCAACCCGUUUCCUAAAGAACUGUGAGGAAGUUGGGCUUUUCAGUGAGCUGGACUGCUCUAUAGAGCAGGACUUCUGUAAGACACAUGAUGAAGAGGACACCAAACAGAACAUCUCUCUGCAUGGGCCAACAGGCCCUAACCAGCACUCCCAGUCACAUGCACGAAUGUCCAGUCAUGACUCCAGUAUAGUGAUCCAGCAGGCUCUACCCUCACCCCAGUCCAGUUCAGUCAUCACCCAGGCUCCCUCCACCAACAGGCAAAUUGGGCCGGUUCCUGGCUCUCUAUCCUCUCUCCUUCACUUGAGGAACCGACAGAGACAACCGCUUCCAGCCUCCAUCCCUGCCACACUGCCAGACCCAACAAUGCAGGGCUCCUCUGCUGUCCUAAUGCCGAUGGAGAGACAGAUGUCUAUGGGUUCCAGUAUGAUGGGCAUGCAACAGCACAGCACAUCCCACAGCAGCCCAUGCUCCUCUACUCAUGUUCCCUCUAUGCACUCUGAGGCCAAACUGAGGCUGAAAGCUGCCUUGGCCCAUCACCCAGGCGCCGUCGCCAAUGGCAACAUGAACACCAUGGGUCACAUGAUGGAGAUGAUGUCAUCACGGCCGGAGCAAAGCGGGCACCACCACAUGCACUCCCACCCACACCAGCACUUGCAGGCUCCACCCCACGCCUACCAGCACCACGCCCACCACCACAGUCACGCCCAGGCUGGACACCAUCACCCACAUCACAACUCCCAUCCAUCUCACCUACACCCCGCCCACAGCCAUCAGUCCUCCUCACACCAGCCAAUGCACUCAGCCGCUGCCUCACAGUUAUCUCCGGCUGCACAGCAGAUGCAAGCCACGCAAACAUUGCAGUCACCGCCUCCCAGCGGAGGUCGCCGCAGACGUGUGGUGGACGAGGAUCCUGACGAACGCAGACGGAAGUUUCUGGAAAGGAACCGGGCGGCGGCCACCCGCUGCCGACAGAAGAGGAAAGUUUGGGUGAUGUCUUUGGAGAAGAAAGCAGAAGAACUCACACAAACCAACAUGCAGCUACAGAAUGAGGUAACCAUGCUGAAGAAUGAGGUGACUCAGCUGAAACAACUCCUGUUGACACAUAAAGACUGUCCAAUCACAGCCAUGCAGAAGGAGACCCAGGGAUACCUUAGUCCAGAGAGCAGCCCAGCAGGAAGUCCUGCCCCUGCAGCCCCCCAGCAAGUCAUUCAGCACAACACCAUCACCACAUCCAGCUCUGCCCCCAACCACCGCACAGACAUCAACAACCCCAUCCAUUAA